AUGAAGGCUUUUUUAAGACAACUUUUAACAAAAUCAAAGACAAAAUUAGUACGCCAACACAACAGCAGGCCUCACAAGCCAGUACUGCUGGAAGAAGCAAUUAGUUAUCUAUCACCGCAAAAGGGCCACAACAUCAUAGAUAUGACAUUCGGUGCCGGGGGACAUACAGAAAGGAUUCUGCAAGAAAAUGAUUCAACAGUUGUUUAUUGUUUGGACAGAGACCCAACUGCAUGUGCCAUGGCAAAACAACUUUCUGAACGUUAUCCAAACAGGGUGAUACCUUUGAAGGGUAAAUUUAGUGAUUUGCCAGUUCUGUUAAAAAACUUAGGAUGCAAAAUAAAUAGCUUCGAUGGUAUUUUAUUUGAUUUUGGUGCUUCUUCUAUGCAAUUUGAUACGGCUUCCAGAGGCUUUUCAAUUAGUAAGAAUGGCCCCUUAGAUAUGCGAAUGGACCCUGAUGAACAGACUAUUACAGCAGCAGACGUGUUAGCAAAAGCUGAUCAAUCAGAUCUUUAUAAAAUAUUUAAAGUAUACGGAGAGGAAAAACAAUCAAAAAAAAUUGCAAAUGCUGUAAUCGAAGCAAGGUAUUUAUUCAAGCCAUUAAAAACUACACGUGAUUUUUGUGAGCUUGUGCAAAAUGUUUGCGACAAUGAGAUGAGAAGCGACAUGUUGCAUAGGCCAUCUCAUCCAGCUACCAAAGUGUUCCAAGCGUUACGCAUAUUUGUCAACAAUGAACUGAACGAGAUCAACCACAGUAUAGUGUUGGCGAGCCAUUAUUUGAAAUUGGGCGGAGUCAUGGUGACGGUUGCUUUUCAUUCUCUCGAAGACACCAUAGUGAAACGGCAUAUUCAGGGUAAUAUCAAUGAAAAUGUGGCUAACAGUCUACCCUUGAAGUAUAUUAACCCCAUGCAGGCAUACGAUAAAGAGUUUAUGGAUGUGGUUAAUGACAGUUGUUGGCAUCAAAUCCACAAGCACGUGAUAACUCCAAGUGUUGAAGAGGUUGAAUCAAAUCCUAGAAGCAGAUCAGCACGUCUCAGGGCGGCCGUUCGCAUCAAAUAG